AUGUCAGGAUGCACCCCGGGGGCAGGACGGAAGGCUGGUUUAGUAGUUGCAAUUGGGGUUGAUAUCAUAAAGACGUCUCGAUUCGAAAAACUACUUAGAACAAAGACGACAUCUUUUGCAGAACGAUUGUCCAAGAGAAUACUACAUCACACUCACGAAUUGCCCAAGUUUAACGAGAUGGAUGCAGGAAGACAAGUUCAGUUCAUGGCAGGGUCCUGGGCUGCCAAAGAAGCGUUGUUUAAAACAUUGCACCAAGAAGAACAGGACGUGUUUAAUUUCAACGAAUGGUAUCGGUAUAACAAUUCAUCGGGUAAGCCAUUUAUAUCGAAUGACAAAUACGAUUACAACAACGAGGAAUUCCAUCUAAGUAUAUCCCAUGAUGAUUCUUUGGUAAUUGCCACCGUUUUGCGACAGAAACUCUACAGUUUGGACUCCAAAGGUUUAUAG